AUGGCAUCCUGGACCCCUCUGGAGUCCCAGUCCUUCAACCACAGUCUGCUUUCCUCUCCAAAGCCCACGUCCUGUGAAAAUGCUCCGGGUGCUUGGGACCUGCUGCACAGGGCACUCCCACUGCCCAUCAUCACCAUCUGCUGCUUCGGCCUCUUGGGGAACUCCUUUGUCCUGUCUGUCUUACUCCUGCUCCGGCAGCGUCUGAACGUGGCAGAAAUCUACCUGGCCCACCUAGCAGCCUCUGACCUGGUGUUUGUCCUGGGCUUACCCUUCUGGGCAAAGAACAUCUGGAACAGGUUCAACUGGCCAUUCGGGGCCGGUCUCUGCCGCGUGGUCAACGGGGUCAUCAAGGCCAACAUGUUCAUCAGCAUCUUCCUGGUGGUGGCCAUCAGUUACGAUCGCUACCGCGUACUGGUGGACCCAAUGGCCAGCCGGAGGCGGCAGCGGCAGCGAUGGCAGGCCCAGCUCACCUGUGUCCUCAUCUGGGCCGUGGGGGGCCUCCUGAGUGUCCCCACAUUCCUGCUGCGAGCCAUCGAUGCCGUCCCUGAUCUGAACAUCUCAGCCUGUGUGCUCCAGUUCCCCCAGGGGGCCUGGGCCUGGCAUUUUGUGAGGAUGGUGGAGUUGAACAUGCUGGGGUUCCUCCUGCCUCUGACUGCCAUUGUCUUCUUCAACCACCACAUCCUGGCCUCCCUGCGCAGGCGGGCAGAGGUCCUCAGGACGAGGUGUGGGGGACCCACGGACAGAAAGACCACAGUGCUGAUCUUCACACUCGUGGUCACUUUCCUGGUCUGCUGGACACCUUACCAUUUCUUUGCCUUCGUGGACUUCCUGAUCCGGGUGCAGGCUCUCCAUGGCUGUUUCUGGGAGGACUUUUCAGACCUGGGCCUGCAGUUUGCCAACUUCUUUGCUUUCAUCAACAGUUGCCUGAAUCCGGUGAUUUACGUCUUCAUGGGCCGGCUUUUCAGGACCAAGGUCUGGGAGCUUUAUAAACGGUAUACCCCUAGAAGCUCAGUCCCCACAUCCUCACCCCAUAGGAAAGAGUUCCUCCAACUUUCCUGGAGGAAUUAA